AUGAAGCUAUCCGCCGUGGCGCUUCGCGCGGUCACCCGCCAGACGCGAGCUGGCCCAGGCCUUCUGAGACAGAGGACAGGCAUUGCGACGCCGUCUUCUUAUCGGUCCGUGAGGCGCGAAGAGGCCCGGAAAUGGUCCACACCGCUUGCUGAGCAGCUCGCCGCGGCGGUGGAGGCCACGGAACCGAUGCCUCUCGCGAGAUACAUGCGAAUGUGUCUCACGUCCGACCUUGGGGCUUAUUACACUAGAGAAAACCUCAAGGAAGGGCACGACCAAUUUGGCGUAAAAGGCGACUUUGUCACCUCGCCCGAGAUUUCGCAAAUAUUUGGCGAGCUCAUCGGGAUCUGGUUCGUCGCCGAGUGGCUAUCCCAGGGCAGCCCUCACGGGGCGUCGAACUGA